AUGGAUUCCAACCAGAUUGUUUUCAUUACCGGGGCCAAUACUGGUCUUGGAUUUGAAAUUGUUAAAUCUUUGCUUCAAUCCGACGUUGCUUAUACAAUACUUUUGGGUGGUCGCAGCAUCGAAAAAGCCAACACAGCAGCAAAGGAUGCGCAAGCACAAUACCCUGAAAGUUCCAGUACGAUCGAAACUAUUCAGAUAGAUAUCGAAGACGAUGAUUCAAUUAAUCAAGCAUUCGUUAAGAUAAUUGAUGGAUACAAACGACUUGACGUUUUGAUCAAUAACGCUGGAGCUCUAUUUGACCUUCGAGCGGACACCGACGGUCUCUCGAUGCGCGAGUUGUGGAACAAAACUUGGAAUCUCAAUGUAACCGGAACUCAUAUUGUAACCCACACACUCAUGCCACUCCUGCUGGCCUCCAAGAACCCACGUCUCUUAUUCAUCACAUCAGGUACUUCAACCCUCACCGAGACUGCAACAUCACCUCUUCCCAUCGACAAGUCUCCACCCGCCGGCUGGCCCAAGUCUCUUGGUAUGCCCGCGUACCGUGCCAGUAAAUGCGGUAUGAACAUGUUGAUGCGACAGUGGUUUCGUGUCUUGAAGGAGGAUGGUGUGAAAGUUUGGUGUGUUUCUCCUGGACAUUUGGCCACGGGUUUGGGAGGAUUGGGGAAGGAGAUGAAUGCCAAGUUUGGGGCUAAAGAUCCGGCGCUAGGUGGACAGAUUAUAAGGGAGGUGGUGGAGGGGAAGGAGGACGAGAAUGUCGGGAAGGUUGUCAGACGGGGUGGACCUCAGCCUUGGUAG